CCCCGCGCGGGGGAGCCGCCGGGGGAGGCGGCGCAGCGCAGCCGCCUGGAGGAGAAGUUCUUGGAGGAGAACAUCUUGCUGCUGCGGAAGCAGUUGAAUUGUUUGAGGAGAAGAGAUGCUGGUUUGUUGAAUCAGUUGCAAGAACUCGACAAGCAGAUAAGUGACCUGAGACUGGAUGUAGAAAAGACAUCUGAAGAGCACCUGGAGACAGACAGCAGGCCCAGCUCAGGGUUUUAUGAGCUGAGCGAUGGGGCUUCAGGAUCCCUUUCCAAUUCCUCUAACUCGGUCUUCAGUGAGUGUUUAUCCAGUUGUCAUUCCAGCACCUGCUUUUGCAGCCCCUUGGAGGCAACCCUGACUAUCUCAGAUGGUUGCCCCAAAUCUGCAGAUCUCAUAGGAUGGUUGGAAUGUAAAGCAGGCCACUGUGAAGACCAGGCCUCAGCGGCAGUUUGCCGUUCCCCCUCCACACCACAAUUUAAUUCCCUUGAUGUCAUUGCAGAUGUGAAUCCCAAGUACCAGUGUGAUCUGGUGUCUAAAAACGGGAAUGACGUGUAUCGCUAUCCCAGUCCACUUCACGCCGUGGCCGUGCAGAGUCCAAUGUUUCUCCUUUGCUUGACCGGCAACCCUCUGAGGGAAGAAGAGAGGCUCGGUAACCAUGCCAAUGACAUUUGUGUCGGACCUCAGCUGGACACCAUCAAGACAGACACUUCCUUACGAUCGCCAAGCAGCUUGUGGUCUGCUCCCCACCCUUCAUCCAGUAAGAAAAUGGAUGGCUACAUUCUGAGCCUUGUCCAGAAGAAAACACACCCUGUAAGGACCAACAAACCGAGAACCAGUGUGAACGCGGACCCCAGCAAGGGGCUUCUGAGGAACGGCAGCGUUUGUGUCAGAGUGACUGGGGGCGUCUCGCAGGGCAAUAGUGGGAACCCUAAGAAUUCUAAACAGGCGCCUUUGCCCUCUGGUGGAAUCCCCUGUUUGGACAAUGGGACAUUCUCCCCACUGAAGCAGUGGUCAAAAGAAUCGAAGGCAGAACAACUGGAAAGCAAGAGGCUGCCCCCGCCAGAGUGCUGCUUGCCAGGCGCCGCCACUGACCUUCAGAGUAAGCAUCUGCCCAAAAAUGCCAAGCCAGCCUCCCAGGACCAUGGUCGGUGUCCCACCGCUGCGACAGGGGAGUCCCCUAAAGAAAGCAGUCAGAUCCCAGCUGCCCCUCCAAAAGAGAGCCCUGGGCGGGUCCCCGCCCCGCUGCAGGAGAGCAAAGUGGUCCAGCCGCUGAAGAAGGCGUCCCAGAAAAGCAGCCUGCAGGCCGCCCCUGCGGCGGCGCCCCCUGCGGGCCCCGCUGCGCUGCUCUCGUCAGCCUUCCCGGGGGGCGAGCGGCCGGCCCUGGAUCUCAAGAGCGAGGGCUCUUCUUCGCAGAGCCUCGAGGAAGGGCCUCCGGGGAGGGCGCCGUGCGUCCCGGGGCCGCAGCCCGGCGGGAGCGCGGGCCUGUACGCGGCGCCGCCGCCCUUCGCCAGCCCCUACGCCUGCGCGGCCAGCGACUCCGAGUACUCGGCCGAGUGCGAGUCCCUCUUCCACUCCACCGUGCUGGACACCAGCGAGGACGAGCGCAGCAAUUACACCACCAACUGCUUCGGCGACAGCGAGUCCAGCGUGAGCGAGGGCGACUUUGUGGGCGAGAGCACCAGCACCAGCGACUCCGAAGAAAGCGGGGGCUUCAUGUGGUCGCAGUUCGUGCAGACCCUCCCUCUCCAGGCGGUCCCAGCCGCCGACCUGCACGGCAACCCCGCCAAAACCUUCGUCAAAAUCAAGGCCUCACACACCCUCAAGAGGAAAAUCCUGCGAUUUCGGUCUGGCUCCUUGAAACUGAUGACGACCGUCUGAGUAACAUCAUUGGUGUAGAAAGUGUUUUUUCCUAGUUGCUGAAGAACAGGUGGCGUCUUAGUUUUUGUGUCAUAAUUUCACGGAAUGCUUUCCUUUUGUUAAAAUAAAACCGAGGUAAAUUAUGUCUCAUCUUCGUCAUGUGUGGACACUAGUGCCUUGAAUGGAAGGUAAAGAAUGUUUUGCUGGUUAGAAGUAAAUACCGAGUUUUUAAUGGUGGUGAUAGUGAAGGAAUUUUGUGGUAUCAGGUGAUUUUUACUUUAAAUGUUCUGAGCAUCUGUGAAGGCGCGGGUUUUGAUGUUCAAGUCUGGUUGGGAUGAGACCUUUUGAUCUGAAGGUCAGGUAAAUGGAAUUUCAGGACACACAUUUGCUUCUUGGUUCUUUAGGGCAGUGUCUCCAUGAGGGUUUUUCUGUGGAGGGGCAUUACGUACACCUGUGUGAAGUAGGUACGAGGGACAGUCAUUGUUUUCUGUAAUUUUUUUAUAUAGUCUACAUCUCUCAAAUGUAUCCCAAUUCUGUUUUCUUCUCAGAACUGUUUGACUUACUGGACUCAGAACUUGAAGACCAGACCCUAAAUCCAGAGAGCUGGUGACCUGGAUAGGGAGCUGGUAAUAUCUUAAAAGGAUUCACUAAAACUUCUGCCACACUUGGUGCCUAGGCCCUGGUUAUAGUAACCCCUUCUAGGGCCAUUUAUCCACCAUUUUGAUGCCUUUCUCCUUCUCCCUAAUUUGCAGCAGAUCCAACCAUUCUUCCCUUGGAGGACUUGCCUUUGGGAUAAAAUUUUGGCCAUUGGGUACAGAGAAAUUCCCUCUUAAUGAAGUAACCCUUGGGCAUGACUCCAAGCCCGGAAUUGCUCACUGAGCGCUGUACCACCUAAGCAUUGGCCCGAACACACUAGUGCAAUCCAGUCCAGAUUGGACCACUCACCCUGUCUGGAAGGGCUUUUUUUUAAAAAGAAAACUUUUUGGUAAACAGUGUUGUGUAAAAUUGCCUUUUUUAUACCAAUAUAUGCAUGUUUUUUGCAUGGGUAGUAUUUGUUUUGAUAUUCCUGUUGAUGUUAAAUUGCUGUAUGAUAUAAACAGUAUGUGUUUUUAUAUAUCAUUGUGUAAAUUUAAUAUAACACAUUAUAUACUGUAAUAAACCAUUUGUUUUACUGCUGUUAAGUUUGUUAUUUGGGUAUAAAACCAGAUGUUUACACCUAUAAA